AUGAACUGUAAGAAAACAAUAAUAUACCAGAAGAGAGAGAGAGUUGAGAAGACGAAGCUGGAGCAAGGGUCGAAAUCUGGAAAGAGGGAAAAGGUAAGCAAUUUUUCCGUUAAAACGCUAGUAUCACUUGAUUUCUUGACUCGUUUUGUUGCUGCAUGCUUGAAUGGGGAUGGGUUUGUGAGUGUUGAGGGUUUGGAUGAAGAAUUUGACCAGGAUAAGAGAGUGACGCGUUGGAAAUGGAAAAAUGGUGGCAAACAGAUAUCGUCUUGUAAUGGUCUUACGACUGUCACGGAGUUGCAGGAAGCAGGAGUGAGCUUCGAGAAAGUGUUCCAGAAAUACUUGCUUGAUAUUAACUGUUUGAAUGAUCCUGUCUUAAGCUGGUUUCUAUGCUUGGGAUGUAUAUCAAAAUUCACAUGCUUCGAAGCCCGUUUACAAAUCCCACAAUUGAAAAUAGAAGACACGACGGAAUGUGUUCUAAGAAAUCUCAUUGCCUUCGAGUGGUGUCAUUACUUAGAUCAACCUUAUAUCUGCAACUAUGUCUUUUUCAUUGAUUCUCUCAUUCACACCAAAGAAGAUGUUGAAUUGCUGGUUGAGAAAGAAGUCACUGUUCAUGAACUUGGGAGUGAUAAGGAAGUAGCGACUUUGGUGAACAGUCUCUGCAAACAUGUUGUGAUCGACAAGACAUGUUAUAAAAGCAUCAUAGAUGGUCUGAAUGGACAUUACCAGAAGGUUUGGAAUCAUACAAUGGCUUCCUUAAGGUUGGUGUACUUUCGAGAUCCUUGGAGAGCAAGUUCAAUUGUGGUCGGAAUUGCUGUUCUCAUAUUUGCAGUUUUCAACUUUUAUCGGGUUGUUAAAUCAAUAUAUCUGCAUCCCACAGCUCCACAUUGGUUUUGA